AUGGACCCUAGAGAACGGAAAAGAAAUUCGUAUUCCAGAGUAGAUGAGGCCAAAAUGUGGAUGUUUCUUUACAGGAAGUUGCGAGAAGCCUCACCAGCAGCUCGUGAGCCAAAGGGACUUCGCAUAUGGAGCGAAUAUAUUAAUGAAUGUCAAGUAUCGAGGACUGUUGACAGUUUGACGACUCGUUUCCGACGUCAUAUGAUUGGAAAUCUUCACAAUGCUGAUCUGAGUUGUGACGUCAUGAUGUUCCUUUAUCGUCAACUUCGAAUAAACAUGGAUCCUGACGUCAAAAUAAUGCUCCAGCUGAAGUUUUCUAUAGAAAUUGUCUUGAACGAGAAUGGUUACGUAAAAACUUAUAAGAAAUCGGUGCAACCAGUUUUGGAACGUCAUUUACCAACCGCUACCAAAAGGGAACAUCAACCUGAAGCAGGUCUGUCAAGAAAAAAAUCUGCGCCUUCGAAUAGUUAUGCCCAACGCGAAUCUGAUGUAUUGAGCGAUGAGGGAUCUUUAACUCCUCCACCCAGGAAGCGGUCUUCGCUAGACUUCACACGACAAAUCCAUGAUGUUCUAGUCGAUAGCCGUUUCGAAACGAGGUAUAAGAGACAUCCCGAGAAAGUGGAGGUAAUUCAUGAUGAGGAUUUUGACACAGAUGAGGAAGAUUCUUUCAAUACUCAGUCUUCCCACGGGUCCACGGCUGGUCCAAGCAAGAUAACAGACCAGCCUUCUUCGUCUAAGCAACAAAAUUUAGUGAGCCAGUUCCACCAUUACGCAAAUUUUGUCAUGCAUCCUUCAAGCAGCAAUCCAGAUCAAAAUGCUCUGCGGGAGCCUCAGAUGGCAGAGAGCCCCAAUAAGGUCCCUGAUUCCUGUGCGAAAGAAACCGUCACAAAUGCCAGUCAAGAUCAGUUUUCGUCAUCGGGUGACGAACCAGAGAACUCCAAUGAAAUCCAAGUCGUAAAUGUUCCUGAAGAAAUCCCGAAUGCCGAUGAAGCUGAUGUCGCAACGAAUUCUGCAGGAAACGGACUGCAAAUGACACCCCAACUCGGUACCAUCGUCGUAUCAGAAACAAGCGAUACUUGUGAGAUGGCAUACCAGCGUCUCUACAAUGCUCUCAACAAUUCGUCCAAUGUACCCGUAGAUAAUUACGAGAAGUCGCUGUGUGCCCUUGACUAUCAGUUGGAGAAGCUUAUACAAGAUGUGAAGCAACGAUGUGAACCCAGUGUACCACGCCCGAUAUCCAGCGUUGUUACUAUUGAAGCUACCUCUAAUGCCCCGAUUUCUGUAACACUCGCACAUACGGACUCGAGUAAAGUACCUCUAACACUGCGUAAGCAAAAAGUCAAGGAAGUAUUCCCUCCUUUUGAUCCAGAACAUUACUCGUUUGCAAUUGAAGAGAUAGUUGAUCGACUGGAGAGACUAGAAUCGCUAGCAGCUCAGAUGCCUGAGAACUACGAACAUAACAUGCUCAAAGUAAAGGAAGCCGUCAAAGAGAGAAUCAAUCAAAUCAGGCUUCAACGAAAUCGACCAAUUUGA